AUGUCGCCCCAUGCUGUGUCUGUUAAUGGCCAUAGAGCUUCCCAUCAGUACACAAACGGCAGUACCCAUGAGAACGCCAAUGACGGGCAACAGGUAUUGCCGUCACUACUUAAGAGCGCCAAGGACGUGGACGAUGUGCAUGAUCUGAUAUGUGUCGGCUUUGGCCCAGCUUCUCUGGCGAUUGCUGUUGCACUCCACGAUGCGUUGGAGGAAGGCAGUCCAGAGUUGCGGACGAGUCGACCUCGAGUGAAGUUUUUGGAGCGACAAGAACGAUUCGCAUGGCAUGCCGGCAUGCUCCUUCCAGGAGCGAAGAUGCAAAUCAGCUUCAUCAAAGACCUGGCAAGCCUACGGAAUCCGAGGAGUCGCUUUACAUUCCUAAACUACCUUCACGAAAAGGGACGACUUGUUAAGUUUAGCAAUCUUGGCACUUUCCUUCCUCAGCGCAUUGAAUACGAAGACUACAUGCGGUGGUGCGCGAGUCAUUUCGAAGACGUUGUCGACUAUGGUCAGGCCGUGCAAUCCAUACGACCCGGAAGCACAAAUCCCGUCACGGGCCAGGUCGACACUUUCGAUGUCGUUGUCAAGAGUCUCCGGUUCGGAGAAGUAUAUACCCUACGGACGAAGCACGUCGUCAUCGCAGUGGGCGGUAAGCCAAACAUGCCAGAGUGCUUCCCACCGCAGCAUCCUCGCAUCAUCCACUCAUCGCAGUAUGCCACCAAUAUCGACUCGAUAUGUCCUCGAGAUCAACAGCCGCGAUCAAUAGCAGUCAUUGGCGCUGGUCAGUCUGCGGCUGAAGUGUUCGAUAAUCUCUCUACCAAGUUCCCAAAUGCCAAAUCGUACUUGGUUAUUCGAGGUGCGGCACUCCGACCGAGCGAUGACUCUCCGUUCGUCAAUGAGAUCUUCGACCCCAGCCGUGUGGACGACAUCUACGGACAGGCAGCGAAGAUCCGGGCUGAGCAGCUUGAACGAGAUAGGGGCACCAAUUACGGGGUGGUGCGCCUGGAACUUCUAGACCACAUUUACAGCAGGCUGUAUUCGUAUGACGUUCAAUACGGUCAUGACGAUGUGAAGUGGCCGCAGCGCAUCCUCAACCACCGCACGUUAACUGCUGUCGAAGACUCUGAUCUUGACGGAAGACCUGUCCUUACACUCCGCAUCCGCAACGAUUCCGGCGAGUAUUGCAAGUUUAAGCAACCGAAGGAGGAAUCGUUGACGGUUGAUCUUGUCAUCGUGGCGAGCGGCUACCGAAGGGAUGCUCACGAAUAUAUGCUCAAGGACCUUAGACAUCUGAUGCCGAAGGGCGGUGACGCUUAUGAGACGUGGAACGUUCGGCGAGAUUACAGCGUUCAGUUUGGCAAGCACACCGUGCAGGAUGACGCCGGAAUCUGGCUGCAGGGAUGCAACGAACAGACACACGGUCUGGCUGACAGUCUGCUCAGCAUCCUAGCCGUACGUGGUGGCGAGAUGGUGCACUCGAUCUUCGGC